CUCUAUAGGCCUGCCACCCCUCCUCCGAGAGAGGUAUUAUGUUACACUCCUCCUCAUCCAAUCACAAAGUUCCCCCAAAUCCUCCUGCGCGCGGUGCGCGGGCCUAUAAGAACCCCGACGGCUCGAGCUGACCGUUUUCCGUGCAUGGGCGCGCACCUUACCGUCAUAACUGUCACAACACUCAAGGCCAGAAGCUCGUCUAUACCUUGUUUCUGUUGUUUUUGAAAAGUAAACUUAAAGAGAGUCGAAAAAACGAUUUCCAAAACAAAUAGAGCGAUGCGGGAAGAGGACUCCCCGAUGGACAGCGCGGGGAACAGCGAGGAGGAGGAGACGGAGCGGCAGCCGCGCAGAGGCGCGCGGAAGCGGCGUGCGCCCCAGAUCAGAAAGAAACCAGUCGAGGAGGAGUGCGAGGAGGAGGAAGACGACGACGAAGACGACGAAGACGAAGAAGACGAUCGGGACGGAGACCUGGAAAGCCCCGACCCCGAGAAGAAGCGGGGGCGCAAGAGUGGCAGCUGCGGCAGCGAAGCGGGCAGUCCACACUCCUUCGACGACCUGCACACGCAGCGGGUGAUGGCGAACGUGCGCGAGCGACAGAGGACGCAGUCACUCAACGAGGCUUUCACGUCGUUGCGUAAGAUCAUCCCCACGCUGCCGUCGGACAAGCUGAGCAAGAUCCAGACGCUGAAGCUGGCCUCGCGCUACAUUGACUUCCUGUACCAGGUGCUGCAGAGCGACGAGCUGGACGCGCGCGGGACCAGCUGCAGCUACGUGGCGCACGAGAAGCUCAGCUACGCGUUCUCUGUCUGGAGGAUGGGGGGCGCGUGGUCCUUGUCCACCACGACCCACUAGUCAGAAGCCCCUACCGCGAACCUCAAUAGUCAGGGCCCCUCUACUGCUGACCCACGUUGUUCCAGACUUCGGACCACUGUAUCAGACCUGAUCCUGACGUGGAAGGCCUCAGAACACAGAACCAAACACAACUGGAUCGGAGAAGGGCUCCGCUGGAAUUUAGGCCCUCGGUGGAGGGAGAGCGAGAGUGCGAGAGAGAGAGAGAGAGAGAGAGAGAGAGAGAGAGAGAGAGAGAGAGAGAGAGAGAGAGAGAGAGAGAGAGAGAGAGAGAGAGAG